AUGGCGCCUUCAAUCACGAUAGAAAACACCUGCGACUUCGACUUUACCCCUCCUCCGCCCACCAUGAAAGCGGCCUCAAGCCUGCGCACGCUGCUACUUGCACCGCCGUCAAUAUCAGCGCACCCGGAGGCGCUCAAUCGCGUCAUAGAGGCCCACGACCGCACUCUCACGGACAUUCAGAUGCUAGAUCGUCUGGCCCUGGGCCUCGUUUCCCUUCCCGCCGCCACCUACGACGUUGUUCUCCUCCUCACCGAUGCCGAUGGAACAAGGGUAGAGAGCCAGAGACUUCUUGGGAGAGACGUCAUGUCAAAGUUGGUACAGGCGCUCAAGGCUGGCGGGAGGUUUAGGAGUCAGGACGGCACGUUUGGUCUGGAUGGCGCGGAGAGGACAGAGGCCAUCUUGGCCGGUCUAGUAAGCGGAGCAGACAGUAUGGUGAAGCCAGAAGACGUAGGGAGCGCUGCUGUACCGCUGCGACUUGGCAGGAAGAAGGCAGACACUGCAACAAACGGAGUGGCGAAUGCCAACGGCGCGGUGCCACUCACAUCAAACGGCAAGCGGAAGAGCAUGUCAGAUGAACCGAUAAGGCCGGCUGGUGUGGGCUUUGUGGAUUUCAGCGACGAUUUCGGCAUGCCGAUAGUCACCGGCGAGGAUGACGAGCUUAUCGAUGAGGACGAUCUCUUGACGGAAGCAGAUCUUGCUCGGCCUAUCACACAACCUCCCGAGUGUCGGCCCAAGGCGGGCAAGCGCCGUCGAGCCUGCAAAGACUGCACUUGCGGAUUGAAGGAGAAGAUCGAAGCAGAAGAUGCCGCUAAGCGAUCGGCCGCCGAUAAUGCUCUCAACGCCAUGAAGCUGGAUGCAGAUGAUCUGGCGGAAGUCGACUUUACGGUACAGGGCAAGGUCGGCAGCUGCGGCAACUGCGCUCUUGGUGAUGCGUUCCGCUGCGAUGGCUGUCCGUACAUUGGACUGCCGGCGUUCAAGCCUGGCGAGGAGGUGCGGCUUCUCAACAACGAUGUACAGCUUUGA